AUGAUAAAAUCUGUGCUUCAAGCCAUCUCAUCAUAUGUUAUGAGUAUGUUUCCUUCCCCACUCAUUGACGAUAUAGAGAAAAUGUUAAAUACUUUUUGGUGGGGAGGCGGAAGUAACAACAAUAAAGGGAUCCACUGGUUAGCUAGGGACAAACUUGCAUGCCUUAAGGCAAAGGGUGGUUUAGGCUUUCGUAAUUUCAAAGCGUUCAAUAUGGGUAUGGUGGCAAAACAAGCAUGGAACAUCAUUCAAAAUCCGAACUCGUUGGCGGCUAAACUAGUUAAAGCAAGGUAUUUCCCGCGCUCUUCGUUACUCGAAGCAUCUUUGGGUUAUAAUCCUAGCUUUGCGUGGCGUAGUAUUUGGAAGGCUAGACAAAUUAUUUUACGUGGGUGUAGGUGGCGGAUUGGUAGUGGCGACAAGAUUCUUGUUAUGUAUGAUCCAUGGCUGCGUGGAAAGGGUAAUCGAUGGGUGUCCUCACCUCAAGUGGAAGACAUGUAUCAUUUAGUUGUUAAAGACUUGAUACUUGAGAAUUAUAAAAUGAGAGAUAUAGCUUAG